AUGUUGAAGAUGACUGACUCUGUCCCCACCUCCACUCAAAUUCAUCAAAGUCAGGACAGAGACAAAACAUCUAAGGAAACAGAGAGUAAACCAUUGAAACUAUAUUAUAAAGGAAAAGAAGAGUAUGUCAGCAAUGGAUUAGUGUUUGGUAAACUUGGCCAACAAGACCGUCCAAAACCCUAA